AUGAGACGAUUUACUGUGAAGGUGAUCCCACCACUCCACUGCCUCUCAUCUGUUAAUAUGAGAAGAGGUACAUCUACUACUACUAAUACUAAUAGUACUAAUACUACUAAUACUAAUAGUACUAUGGAUAAUACUAGUAGGGAACUGCAGAUCUCUUCUACAGAUGAGUUGUGUUCACCAUUUCUCUCUUCGCUGUUGGAUCCACCAGAGACUGUCGUGUUGGAGGAUGCCGCUCGCACAUACACGACCAUGAAUGUAGUAGACCCACCCGUGCGGUAUAAUCCAAAUACUCCAAAUGUGGAUGCAUCAUCAUUAUCAUCAUCUUCAUUACCAUCCACAAUGGUAGUGGAAAAGGAUAAAUAUACAGAAUACGAUUCUGAGGAAGAAGAAGGAAAAAUUACACUUGCCCAUCGUAAUGGUAAAUUAUGGUCUACAUUUACUUCUUCUAAUGGUAAAAAUGAACCACCUGCAUGGUUUCAUAAACUUUGUGAAGAUUUAUAUUACCGUCGAAACAGUGAAGAUGAAAUGGAUACAACCGCCUCUAUCAGCGAUAUUGAACCACAACAACAUGUGAAAGAUAUGAAUACGACUACCUCUAAUUCUGAAAAUGAGGAUGAUGGAAGUGUAGAUCCAUAUUUAUGGCUUCCAUUUAAUCUUUUAGAUGUGGCUGAAUAUAAAGUAGGUCCUUAUAUAUUUCCAAAAACCGCUACCUUUUCACAUGAACAGCGUACUUUAUUAUGUAAUGGUGAUACUCGUAAAGAAUAUGUUCAUUUUUGUAAUACUUACGCUUUCCCAGAUCGUUUACAGAUUCCAACUUCUGUAGGAACUCAACCUGCUAAGUUAUAUAUAGAUCCACUUCAAACAUCACCUGUGGUUUAUAUUCAACUUAGUGAUGAUUUUCCACCAGCGAUGUGGUUACCUGUUAAAGGUACUGCUGCAGCGGUUCGUCGUGUAUUGGCAGAAUUUGCCUCCAUGGCGGCAUUACAUCGUGAUUGGCAUCAUGAAGGGUUUGAAGAACGUUUUGCUGCGGCUGCACGAGUAUUGGAAUUACAACGAAUGCCAUCAAAGGAUAGUGAUAUUCUUCGUUUUAUGGCUUAUGAGGCACGGAAUACACAAUUUGUAUUUGCCCCUAUAAGGGAAUUUCCUAAUCAACAAGAAUUCUUUCUUGGUGAACAUGAUGAUCCUGAACGUUUAAUCGAACAUAUGGAUCUUUGUCCGUUUCUCUUUGCCAUUCCACAUAUGCGAACAGUUGUGGAUCUUCAUGCGGAACAUAUGACUCCCACUAUUGAAGGCCCUGGUGUGGCCACAUCUCUUUACCGUUGUAUUUUCUCCAAAGCCCUAUUGUUUAUACAAGUACAACUCUCUGCGGAAGUUAAACUCCCUCCACAAGACCCGGAGGCUUUUCGUUUUAUGUGGAAAGAUUCUCAAGUGAUACCUAAAAUGCAUAUCCCCGUAUUUGUUCGUGUUAUUUGGCCUGAUAAUGAACGAAUGUGUGGAGGAGGUCAAAUCAUACGCCGUUUAAAUCGUUAUUUUAAAACAGAAUUUGCUUCUGAUAUUCCAAUUGAUGCGGCCAUGGCAUUAUUAUAUGUAAUGCAAUGGGCAAAGGAAUUACCAAACUUCUUGGGCGUGCGUGGAAUGCGAGAUCGACUUGCGGCAUUAGAAGCAGCGAGUGAAUGUGCAGAUCCACCGCAGCUUUAUCCGGGUACACGUGAAAUUCCCAAUCCGGAGUAUACAAUAGCCGAACGUCUUGGAAUGCAUAUACAGUAUUUGGCUCAACUCGGGGAUCCGGAGGUGUCUCUCACUAUUCAACGAUUACUUCCGGAGGCUUCUGCACCUGUACGUAUGGGAUGUGCAAAGGCAGCAUUAAUUGCAGGGGAUAGAGAGUUGUUUCGACACAUUGUGAGUAGUGAACCACCGGGUCGUAUGCAAACAUAUAUGACGAAACUUGUACGAAAGCGGAAAUCACGGGAUUUACUGGAUGGAGAGCCACGAUUACUGGAGGAACAGUAUGAGUUUGCCGCUCCUUUGUGGACAAAGCGGGGUACACGUAUUGAUAAAAAUACUCUGGAAGGUGCAGUGGAUGCACAAGGAAGACUUAACGGGUAA